UCAGAGCAGCAGUGCUGUCGCCGCCCGUCGUGGCGUGGCUGCAGCAGAUGGUGGCGGGCAACGGGCUGCUGGGCGCGCAGGGGGGGUGUGACGGCGCCAAGUGCGCUCUCAAUGGGAUCACUGUGCAGAGCGUGGACAUGUUUGGGUCCAAGAAGGUGGGGUUCGUCAAGUUCAAGGCGGAUGUGGUGGACGUCGCUACAGGCGCCAAGCUCCCAGGCAUAGUGUUUGCACGGGGCCCUGCAGUGGGCAUUUUCAUGCUGCUGCGAGCAGUGCAGGCAGGGGGAGAUGGCCAGGCGCAUUCCCACACUGACUACGUAGUUCUCACUGAACAGGCGCGGGUGCCUGUGGGGCGGGUACUACUGGAGAUGCCAGCUGGCAUGCUGGAUGGCAAUCAUGGCGAGUUCGUUGGCACUGCGGCCAAGGAGGUGAAGGAGGAGACAGGCAUCACGGUGCGCCACGAUCACCUCAUCAACCUUACUGCCUUCCUGGGCCCUUCCACCGGCCAGCAGAUGCUGCCUUCCCCGGGCGGGUGUGACGAGGGCAUUCUUCUCUUCCUGUACCGCGCCACAGUGUCAGCUGCUCGCAUCGCAAGGCUACAGGGCCGGCAGACGGGUCUGCGGCACGAGGGCGAGUUGAUCAAGGUGCACGUGCGGCCGCUCAGCAGCAUCUGGCGCCAGUCAGCGGACUGCAAGGUGCUGGCGGCCGUGGCGCUGUACCAGAACGCGCUGAGAGAAGGGCUGCUUAUGGACGAGUUCCCCCCUCUGGAGGAGGAGGAUGGGGGCAGUAGUGGUGGGGAGUGAGGGGGAAGAGGGUGGGGGAUGGAGGGGUGGGGGGGAAGAGGGGGGGAAGGGGAAGGGACAUGGUGGCUAAGGAGGGGGGUGUGAAGAGUAAGAAGACUGGUGGUAUGAUAGGGCGUGCGUGGCAGUGAGUGGCGCUGCGUGGGAGAUGGGGGGGGCGUGUCAAGUCAAGUGGACUGCAAGUUGUUGGCGGCCGUGGCGCUGGACCAGAACGCGCUGAGGGAGGGGCUUCUCAGGGACGAGUUCUCCCCUCUAGAGGACGAGGAGGACGAGGAUGGGGGCAGCAGCGGUGGGGAGUGAGGGGGAGCAAUGGGGCAGUUGUGAGGGAGUGAGGGGGACGGAUCAAUGGGGCAGUAGUGAUGGGGAGGGGAGUGAAGAGGGGGGAAAUGGUGGUGGUGGUGGUGGUGGUGUCGACAAGGGGGGUUGCGCCACAGAGGGUGGCUGUGCGUUGAAACGACCAGUGCAGGCACGGCACAAUGCAAUGUGGUUUUGGGCAGGAGGCAAUGCAAUGCGCCAUGGAGCAGGAGGCAACAGCAAUACACUGCUGCUGCACGCCCGGGCAAGGAAUCAGGACUCGGGAUAUUGUGGUGGCGGUGGUCAAUUUGGAAUGGUUGUGUACAUAAGAAACUUGCUUCAUACAGUGUGAUUUUGAAAAUGUAGCACCUCCGCAAGGUGUAACAAAGCUCUGCUUAGAGCAUAUUCAGAAGCAGAGGCUAGAAAAUGGAGUACGGUAAGAUAGGAGCAUGAGUCAUGGGCGAGGUGGGAGGGAAGGGAAGGGGGAGAAGAUCUAAUCUAACGGGGAGGAGUGGUGGAGAAGACAGCAGAUGG